AUGUUCCUCUUCAAACGCAAGAAUAGUACAAAGGCAAAUUCUGGCAGUAAUGGUUCAGCCAACAACAGCUCGAGCUCCGAACAGAAACAACAAUUUACGUUUGCAAUUCAAAUUGAGAGUAUAGAUAACAUUCCUCUCUAUUUUCAAGUUCCGCUCGGCGUGGAAUUGCACAAACUGAACUUGACAACUGUGCCUAGCCAAGCCAUUUUAACAUUGAAAGGAAAGUUAUUCAGAAAGAGAAAAUUGAUUGGAAACACACCUUUUAAAUUGGCUGAUAGUGCCACGAAGCAAAGUAAUUUUUCCUCAACUCUUGAAUUUUUAGUGAAUAUUCCCGUUGACAAGGAGAAGAAAUAUAUUUUGAAAGGACCAGUCACAUCCUCAACUGUGUUUGAACCAACAUGCAACGAUUCUCAACAACCAGAAAAAUAUGAUGAGAACAAUGAGAGUGAUGACGAAUCUGCUACCAUGUGCAAUAAUAGUAUGGGAAAAUUCUUGCACAUUGUAGUAGCCAAGAAAAUAACUUCUGCAUCUAAAUCUGUGUUUGUCAAUGAUUGUUUGUUGGAUUUGACACAUUAUUGUAGUUUGCAACAUGAGUGGCAGGGACGAGUUUCUGUACCCUUUGAAAUUUCGAAAGAUGUUACUGCAAACAUUAAUUUACAAAUAUUUUCCGUUUUGGGAAAUCAAUUAAGCUCAAAUGGAAGACGAUCUGGCAGUUUGGAUGUUCAACGAGGUCGAACAAAUAGCUUAUCAACAACACCACCACAAAAACGAAUCGACACUCCUGUGAAUGAUACAACCGACACCUCUCCACAGCAACAACUUCCAAAAACAUCGUCAAAUUCAACGUCUUCGACGCCUGUCAGCACAUCCACAAGCACACUAACUUCUGCAACUCCAACAGCCUCACCUCCACAAAUUCCAAUUUCUCAACUCUCUAUUAAGGAAGUCGAUAUAUUACAAUUUGAAUCAAACACAAUAUCACCAACAACUAACAGUGAUGUAAAUGACAACGGACGAGCUAUUUUAAAUACUAACACCAACAAUGUCGGGAAUUUCAACAACAACUCCAAUGGCCUCUCUAAUCAGGGUUCUAUGAGUGACUUUUUCAAACGAAGAGCGGAGGUAAAUAGUGGAAGGUCUCGAUCUGACUCCUCACCUGGAGGCCUGCAGCUGACAAAUACAAUAACCACAUCCAACAAGUCCUCAAUGCCCUUAACACCAACUUUUGACAACAACUUGUCACAUUCUCCAACCGGUGCAUAUCAAACAACCAAUUCGUCAUCAGAAUCUCCUUCAUUAGAAUCAAUCAAACAGGAGAAUGCUCAUCUUAGAUCAGUUUUGCAACGAGCUAAAACACGAUUCCAAGAAGUGGUAACAGAAAACACGCAACUCAAAGAGAGAAUCCAACAAUUAGAGGCACAAGUUCUCUCAUUACAGCUUGCACAAAGCAGCGGCAAUCAAACACAACCCAAAACCAUGCAAGAUUUUUUUGAUCCAUUUCAAUGA